AUGCCACCCACACCCUCCAACAACGUCGCCUACACCGCCGCCAUCAACCCUCCCAACACCACCCCCGUCCUCUCGUACGCCCAGAUCUGGCGCGGCCUCCAGCUCAAGAUCAAAGCCGGCCAAGACUUUGUCGGCGGCGCAAUCAUAGCCACCGACGUGAUCUCGACCUCUGAAACCGACAACGGCCACCCGGUCACCGUGCGCGAAGUCGUCUUCCGCGAAGGCAACCGCCGCGUCCGGGAGACAUGUAUUGCGUACGAACCGAUGAAGGUCGAAUUCCACCAGCCGGACGGGAGCAAAGUGCAGAACGUCAUUAGCCAGGGCGCCCAGGGCGACAAGGACCUGUACAUGACGUAUACUUUUGAAUGGCUACAUCCCGAAUGUGAGGGCGAUGAGGCGGCGUUGGCGGCGAAGAGGGAGAAGGAAUGGGCUAUGGCGAAGACGGCGGUCGAGAAGACACUCGAGGUCAUGAGGGAGAUGGUGAAGGAUGGGAGGAUAUGA